AUGCUGCAGGAAAUCCUCCUGUCCCUCUCCGGCCACCCGUCGCCUCUGCUGCGCAACCCGGCGUCGCCUGAAGCCGAUGCCCUCGCAGGCAUCACCCCCCCCGAGCGACAGCUGCUCUCGUCCGCCGGCCACCUGAGCGACCUGGUGGCCAAGCUCGCCGCCUACUCGGCCGAGGUGUCCGCCUCCCACGCCAGCACGAUAUGCCGCGCCGUCGCGACCGCCGUGCGCGCCGUCCACCUGGACGCGUUUCGGGAAAAGGUGCUCGAGGUGGAGCGAGGCAUCCUGAGAGACGACCCGGAGUGGGUGGGCGCGUACAACAUUGUGCCUCUGACGGCCGUCAUGGGCGAGUUUCAGCAGUGGACGAGGAGGCUCGAGUGGCUGUGGGAUACCGUGAGAUUUGUCAUGGCUGCCGGCAGCCCGUGCAGGGGGGCCGCGCUGAUUGAUCGGCUGAGAGACGAGAUGCAGAGCGGCUAUCGAGACGUUGCGGACGCGGCGCGGAGCCUGGUUUGCGUGGCCGAGACGGCGUGGUUGAAGCAGGUGUCCGCCUGGGUGCUGUACGGGAGGCUGCCGACGUUUGGCACGGAUGACUUUUUUGUGCAAAGGGCGCCUGGGCCGGCCGAGGACUACAUUUGCGCGGCGGACCGUCUCCCGUCCUUUGUCACGGGCGCGACGGCCGCCUCGAUGCUCUUCAUUGGCAAGUCUCUCAACCACGUCCGAGCCAUGAACAGCGCCAGUGGCGCCGACUCGGCACCCGCCGACGGCGCGGCGCACGUGUCGGCCAAGCUGUCCGAGCUGUCGCGCCUCUCGUUCCCCCUCGAGAGCGCAGACUUUUCCAAAGCCAUCAAGGCCAUCCGCGUCUCCCUGUCGCAAAACACGCUCCAGAAGAUGCUCCCGCUGGCCAGGGUGGCGGAGAUGAUGCAGCUCCUCCGCGACUUCUUCCUCCUCGGCCGCGGCGAGUUCGCCAUGGCCCUCACGCAGGAGGCAGACGAGCGGGUCCGCAACCGCUGGCGCAGGGCGGGCAACCCCGCGCAGCGCGGGCGAGACCAGGGAUGGGGCGGCGUGGCCGUCCGGGACGGCGAGGUGGCCGCCGUGCUGAGCCGGACCUGGGCCGUGCUCGUGUCGCUGCAGGGCCAGCACGCCGACGAGGACGAGCAGCUCGACCUGGCGAGGAGCCUGGUGGAGCUGCACCUGACGCGGUCGAAGCCGCCCGCGGCGCUGAUGACGGGCCGGGGGCUGGACGUCGAGGCCGCCAACCUGCUGGCCGCGUCCCCCUUCCGCAGCAUGCUCUUCUCGGCGCCCGCCGCGCUGAGCCUCGAGGUCCCGCCGCCGCUGGACAUGGUCAUCUCCGCGUCCGACGUGCAGCUGUACUCGUGCAUCAACUCGUACCUGCUGGCCAUGCGCCGCGCGCACAUACGCCUGACGGACCUGUGGAAGAGCACCUCGCUGCGGCGCCACUGCCCGGCGCCCCGCGGCGCGUCCGACGGCGCGGCGGCGCUCCGCGAGCGCUGGUCCCACCGCGCCUGGCUGCUCCGCAGCUCCUGGACCACGGCCAGCGCCGCCAUCUUCUUCCUCGGCGAGACGGAGACGUACCUGCAGACGGAGAUUGUCCAGGGCUCGUGGGACAGCUUCCAGGGCUGGCUGCUCGGCGACCCUGACCGCGACCGCGACCCUAAGCCGGCCCCGGACCCGGCCCCGGCCCCGGCCCCCGCACCCGCCUCCGCCGACCCGCAGGCCCUCGCCGCCGCCCACACGCUCUACCUCCGCACCCUCGUCCGCCGCCUCCUCCUCACCCAGCCGUCCUUCACCCAGCCGCUCCACGCGCUCCUCACCCACAUCGACCGCCUCGUCGCCCACAUGCACCGCCUGCACGCGCUCUUCACCUCGCUCGACCUGGAGCGCGACGCCGGCGCGCCAGACGCCUCUGCCCACCUCGCCCGCGAGCAGGCCCAGGUGCUGGCCUCGCUGCGCUCCGUCGAGCACAGCGUCAAGCGGGGCAUCCGGGCCGUCGUCGACGCCCUGCGCGCCCUCGAGACCGACCCCGACCUGCUGGCCGACGGGGACGGCAGCCCCGCCGACGACGGGCUCGACGACGACGACGACGCCGCCGCCGCCGCCGCCGCCGCCGCCCCUGAGGAACGAGCCCCCGUGCCGGGACGGCUGGGCGGCGUGGACCGGCUGCUGAUGAAGCUGGAUUUCGGGAGCUGGAUCGGCCAGGCGGGCGGGGAGGAGGACUGGGGCGUGCAAUGA